AUGAAUCAAGGUCAUGUUUGCUAGGAUUCUUCUUGAAGCAUAAAGCCCGCGCUCGCCAUAACGAAUGUUAGCAUCUCCACUUAAAGGAACACCUCAGAAUGGAUAUCGAGCAACUGAACUUCCUCCUCCCCUCUCGAAAAGAGUUCUUGAACCAUGGUGGCCCGCGAUGUGGCAUCGUAGAUCCGGAGCCCGGGAUGCUUCAACGACUCCAGAUGACCAAUUGCGAAAUCUGUCGUGAGCCCUUCGAUCAUGAGUCACGACGGCCCAAACUCAUCGUGGGUCACUCUCAAUGCGUGGGUCACGUCUUCUGUAUGGAGUCGCUCUGGGACUGGUUCU